UUAUCACGGAAUCUCUGUAGGCCCCACACAGCUUCCUAAAACAGGUGCACAGGUAAUCCGCUUCCGUGGCUGUGGCAGGUCCAGUCUUCUUCGUUCCGCAGAAAUUCAAUAAAAUUCAAUUGAGCUGAGAUACCAGCAGCCUCAAAGAAGGAGAAUUUCAGAAUUUCAACACCCUCUAUCUGAAAAGCAAUGUCAAGAUCCAAUUUUCUAUCAUUUCCACGUCCCUUCACUUCACCGCCAAAUCCUCACCUACUCAAUUUAGAAAACCCAAAUGCCUUCCUCCCAUUUCCACACCCAAAUCACAGCCCUAAACCUACGUUUAGGGUUAGGGUUAAGCUUUCAAAAACCCUCAUCCGUUGCAGAAAUCCUGGUACCGAUAUGGACAAUUCCCUCGACUACAUUGGAACAGGUUCCGACGUCGAAUGCGUUGACGUCGAAGGUUCCGAAUCCGAUCGGCUGUUGAAGUCUGACACCUUGCCAUCGACGUCAGCCUUCCAAAUCGAAGGAGAUGGCGGGAAAUCCGACCUGGAUUUAUUGUACGGAGCCUGGGAGUGGGUCCUCCUCGUCUCGCCGUUCUUCUUCUGGGGGACGGCGAUGGUCGCGAUGAAGGAGGUGUUGCCGAAGGCGGGUCCUUUUUUCGUGGCGGCAUUCCGGCUGAUCCCGGCUGGGGCGAUUCUGAUCGGUUUCGCAAUCAGUAAAGGGAAGAAGCAGCCGUCUGGAGUCAUGGCAUGGGUCUGGAUUCUGCUGUUCGGAGCCGUUGACGCCACGUGUUUUCAGGGAUUUCUUGCUGAAGGCUUGCAGAGGACAUCAGCUGGGUUGGGCAGCGUUAUCAUUGAUUCACAACCUUUAACAGUGGCUAUACUGGCAGCCUUGUUGUUUGGUGAAUCCAUUGGUGUGGUUGGAGCUGCUGGGCUUGUGGUUGGUGUCAUAGGCCUUCUACUUCUCGAGGUUCCUUCACUUUCUUUUAAAGAAGGUGAUUACACACUAUGGGGAAGUGGUGAGUGGUGGAUGCUUCUUGCAGCUCAAAGCAUGGCAGUGGGAACCGUCAUGGUCCGCUGGGUGUCGAAGUACUCAGAUCCUAUCAUGGCAACUGGAUGGCACAUGGUCAUUGGUGGGAUCCCUCUUUUGGCAAUUUCAAUACUUAAUCAUGAUCCUGCCAUCAAUGGUGGUUUAAAGGAUCUUACAUCCAGCGAUCUUCUAGCCCUUCUUUAUACCUCCAUAUUUGGAAGUGCCAUCAGCUAUGGCGUAUUUUUCUACAAUGCAACUAGAGGUAGCUUGACAAAACUCAGCUCCCUCACAUUUCUAACGCCGAUGUUUGCUUCCAUCUUUGGGUUUAUUUACCUAGGAGAGACGUUCUCCCCACUGCAAUUGGCUGGGGCUUUUGUCACGAUAAUUGCAAUUUACAUGGUCAAUUACCAAAUUAUUACAGAGAAAGAAUGAGGUUGGAGAGGCAGCCAGAUGCACGUUAUUUACAAGAAGAAACCACGCUUCGCUGCUACAGCCGGCUUGUAUAGUAAAAAACAUUCAUGUAUCACCUGCAUCUCAGGUUCCAUCCUCAAAAGGCAGGGGCAUUUUCGUUAUGUAUCAUAGAAAUGAAAGAAAUGGAGAAACAAGAGGAAAAAGGAAAGGGUUUGAUCUACUUCCAUAUGCUAAUGAGGAAGGCCAUUCAUGUAUGCAUGUGAAUGAGUUCCCACAAUGGCUGAAAGUUGAGGGCCCCACGGAUUAUUGCAGUAACGCCGACUCCACUGGGUGAAGGCUUCUUAAGAUCAUAAGCCGUUUUACUUAAGCUACUUAUGCCUCAAGUAGCUUACCAUGGUUUCUAUUUAUCCAACAGAUAAUCAUGUUUAGUAAACAGCAUACUUACUAGCCAAAAUGGAAGGUGGUGGUUUCUAACAUCACAUGGGUAAUUUUUACACUUC